CCUCCAAUGGCUAAUUUCCACCCCGCCAACGUCAACAAACCCUUUCUUAACGGCUCCUUCUUCUUCUCCCAUAAAACACAACAACACAUUUCUCUCUUGGUUAUACUUAUACACACAGUUGAAUUUGUUUCGUCAAAGAAAAGAAAAUCACUAUGGCCUUAACUUUAGAUCCUUCUAAAGAUUCUAGAUCUACGUAUUGUCGAAAACAGAAGUCUCUUGGUCUCCUAUGUUCUAAUUUCUUGAGCUUGUAUAAUCGGGAAGGCGUGGAGACUAUUGGGCUUGAUGAUGCUGCACGGAGAUUGGGUGUUGAAAGACGGCGGAUCUAUGAUAUUGUGAAUGUACUUGAAAGUAUUGGUGUUCUUGCAAGGAAGGCUAAGAAUAGGUAUUCAUGGAAAGGGUUCGGAGCAAUUCCGAGGACUUUGGAACAGUUGAAGGAAGAGGGUCUAAAAGAUAAUGGCAGUGGAUUUGAUGGGUCUAGCUCUGUCAAGGGUUCAGAUGAUGAUGAUGAUGAUAGAGACUCCAACCUAAUUGAUUCGAGUCAGACCGAUAAACUAAACCCCAAUUCUGGUGUCAACUCUGCAGGCCCUUUCAAAUCUGAAAAUAGGAGAGAAAAAUCAUUGGGACUUCUUACGCAGAAUUUUGUCAAGCUCUUCCUCUGUACCAAUGUUGAUAUGAUUUGCCUUGAUGAGGCAGCAAAGAUACUGUUAGGAGAUGGAAGGCCUCCUGCGAUGACAAGAACUAAAGUUAGGAGGCUGUAUGAUAUUGCUAAUGUUUUGUCUUCGAUGAAGUUUAUUGAGAAGACCCAUCACCCAGAGACGAGGAAACCAGCAUUUAGAUGGUUGGGGCUGAGAGAAAGAUCAGAAGACAAAUCAGUUGAUGCUCUUUGUGCUAAUGAAUCUAAGAAGAGGGUAUUUGGUAGUGAUCUUACAAAUUCAACUAUCAAGAGGAGCAGAGUUGGUCUACCUAUGGAUGGUAUUUCAGAUGAAGCAACUAGGAUACAAUUGCUUACUGAAGUGAAAUGUGAGAACCCGGAAAACGAUUUUCACAUUCCUAAACAGGAGCCCGGUUUAACAAGCAGCAAAAAGAGUUACCACUUCGGUCCAUUUGCUCCUCCAACCAUACCUCCAGCUGAAGUUUCUCAGUCUGACAGAAUGAAACGGGUUCAUGACUGGGAAAGUCUAGCAUCCAAUUACCAUCCUCAAUAUCACAACCAAGCACUGAAAGAUCUCUUUGCACAUUAUGUGGAAGCAUGGAAAUCAUGGUACUUGGAAGUUGCUGGGAAGAACCCAAUUCAGCUGAUCUCCUGAUGUGCUCUCUUUCUUGCUAAGAACAGGAUAAGCUGCCUUCGCGAACUAGACAUGGUCGAAUGCAUAUUCUCGUUGCAUUCAACAGUAAUUCUAUGUACAUUUUCCGUAUCUUUUCGGUUAAUAUUGAUUCUUGGAAGGAUUCAAGUGCCUUUUGGCAAAACAGAGUUUUUAUAGAAGUAAUAAAUUUAGGGCUGUAAUUGUCUCGUUAAUGUGCAACCCCCAAUCUAUCCA